CACCAUGGAGUCCGCCACGAGCCGAACUCCUUGCCUCCACGCAACGUUUUGUCUCUACGCCUCCGGCGACGGACGCCGGGAGACUCCUUGGCGGACUUACGAGAUCGCCCUCGUUCGCCAGAUGCGUGCCGCCCCGCAGCAAGGCGGAGUUGUGGUGGAGCCUGCGCCAGGCAAGCGCGGGUCCGACCUUCAACCAUCAGCCCUGCCCCACGCUCCUCCGUUCUUCUUGAUGCCUUCCACUUCUCGUGAAAGUUACGGAUUCACCAGGAUGGAAAUUUCAGGGCCUCAUGAAAGCCUAAAGAUCGAAUAUUGGGGAAAAGCGGAAGAAUAAAAAAAACUCUUUUUUUUAGAGGCCGAGAAGAAAAGAAAAUUGGAGAAGUAAAAAAAGAACUUUGCACGUCACAGGAAACAGAACCGGCUUCACUUCGUUUGUAGCCGGAUGGCCCAGUUGCUCGCUCCGGUGCGCUCUGUCUUGGUCCUCGAAUUCCCUAAGUUGCCGCCGUGUUAUGGAAACCUGUGGCCGAGAGUAGCGGUCGCGGUCGCGCAGAAUUCCACACCUAGUCGUCGUCGCCGGAGCUGUCAGAAGGAGAAGAGGGAUUUCAGGAUCGCUGCGACGACGGUUGGGGGUUUCCCAUGGCGCGAUGACGUUGCCGAUGACUACUACACUGUUCUCGGGCUGCUUCCAGAUGCCACCUCUCAGCAGAUUAAGAAAGCUUAUUAUGAUUGUAUGAAAUCAUGCCAUCCGGACUUGAGUGGGAACGAUCCAGAUAUUACUAGCUUCUGCAUAUUCAUUAAUGAGGUUUAUUCGGUGCUUAGUGAUCCUGUGCAGCGUAUGGUAUAUGAUGAAAUUCAUGGAUAUGCCCCAACGGCUAUGAAUCCUUUCUUGGAUGAUAGUGCACCAAAAGAUCAUGCAUUUGUCGAUGAGUUUUGUUGCAUAGGGUGCAAAAAUUGUGCUAAUGUGGCCCCGGAUGUAUUCCAAAUAGAGGAAGACUUUGGCCGUGCUAGAGUUUGCAGCCAAUCAGGGAAUCCUAACUUGGUUCAAGAAGCAAUUGAUUCCUGCCCGGUCAAUUGCAUCCACUGGACAUCUGCUGCACAGCUUUCUCUCCUCGAAGAUGAAAUGCGUAGGGUUGAGAGAAUAAAUGUUGGACUAAUGCUUGCUGGAAUGGGGAGAGCAUCCAUAAAUGUUUUUAGGAUGGCAAGUUCAAGAUGGGAAAAGCGCCAAGCGAAAGUCUUGGAAAAGGCUAAAAUGCGCAUGAUGAAGCAGAAAGACUCCAACAAGGCCGGAUCUUGGAGCAAUGUUUGGGGUUCACCACAGAAUUACGAAAGCACAGAGGAGGAAGUGAAGGAGAAAGCGAAGAGAUCUGCGGCAGCCGCUAGAAGGUGGCGAGAGUACUCGAGAAAUAGAACCGAUAGACCUUCAACCUUCAAGCUUCCUGAGGCGAUGUCUAGGAAGGAAUAGUCUGAGAAACAAUCUCCAUUGCUUGUACUUAAAACUCUUCAAUUUCUUUACUUUAAAAUCAAUAUUAUUCGCAUAUAUCGAAUGCAAAUUAAUAUUCCUGAAAAAUUUUAAAUUUAUAGACUAAUUUUAA